GUAGCGAUAUGGACGUGAGCUCUCUCUUCACCCUGAAGAACGCCAAAGGGAAGAAGAAGGGUCCAGUGGGCGCUUCUGCCAGGGAGGAGUCCUCCCAAGCUGUUACUGUCGGUGCUGGCGCCGGGGGGUCCAAAGGCGCUGGGGCCUUGAAGAAAAAGAAUAGUGGCAAGGGGACCGAGCCCCCGGCCAAGAAGUUGAAAGCUAAGGUUCCCGACAAGUAGCCGACCGCUGACGUUGUCGUCAUUGUGGACGAGGGGCACGCCUCCGGUCCCACCCCUCAGGAGCACAUCAACCAAGACUUCUUCGGCCGGGAGAAGUUGGAGGCGAUAGUGCCGAAGGGGGCAUCCGUGCUGGAGGGUAGCCUCAACCCGUCGGCACUGAUGAGCCAGAUGCUGCCCUCGGCCGAUCGGCUGGUUCUCGCUAGGAUGGACGAUGGCUCCCUCGAGGCCAAGAUUCUGCUGAGCAGUGCCUCCAACUUCAUGGGCCUCUGUGAGCACCUCCGAAGGGUGGAGCAGAUGAAGGAGGCGAAGGGUGUUGCCGAAGGGGAAGCUGCCAGUCUUAGGAAGAGGUUGGCUGAGGCCGAGGAUUCCCUCCGCUUGACCACUGAUAGUAUGGAGCAGCGAGUGCAAGCUGCGAGGGCCGAUGGGAAGAACGAGGGCCUGGCUGAGGCCGGGGAGGCUGCUGCCGAAGCCGCCCGCGUUGCUGCCGAGGAAGCCCGUGUGGCUAAAGAAGAGGCCGUUUCCAAAGCCCGGGAGGAUGCUGUAGCUGGCUUUACUGCCGAGGGGUGGAAAGAGAGGAGCAUAAGGAGUGGCUGUCCUCGGUGGUGGAGGCUUCGGUGGAUGCUUGGGUUGGAGGCCCCGGCAAAAUGUGGCUUGCUGAGAAGGGUGACUCCUACUAUCAAGGUGGGGAGUUUUUCACCCAGCGCCUCAUAUACCGAAAGCUCACCAGGCACUUCAAACUCUCGCCGGAGGAGUUCCAUCCCGAGGCUUAUGGCCUCCCCCCUCGGCAACCAGACGUUAGGAUCCCCCUCCCCGAAGGCGAAGAGAGGUCGGUGCUUGAAGAUUCGGAGACCCUAAGGGAAUGCGGCCUCGGAGGUGACGGGGAUGAGGCCGAAGGCGAAGCCACUUCCAAAGCUGUCGACGGGGGCGACGUUGUAGCUACCAAUUUGUAAUUUGUAUUCUGAACAAUUUUUGACGCACCUUUGUAAUCACAUUGCUUAACUUUUGGCUUCGGCCCUUAUGAACACCCUGCCCUAUGUUUUUGAUGAAUUGAUGCCUCCGGGCUUUUGUAUAUAACAUGUUUUGUUUUUGAAUGUAUGCCUUCGUCUUUCUUUGUGAAA